GGAGAAGAGUGAAAAAGGUGAAAAAUAGCCAAAUCACAGCGUUUAGAAUUUUCAAGUGCUUGUAUUUAGUGUAAUUUUCAAUGAAAAAGUGGUAUUUUCUGUUAAAAAUGGCAUUAUCGGAAGCGGGCGGACGUUAGUUCGUCGAAAAACGUUCGAGAGGUGUGUGAAUCGAGGGUUAAACAUCGGAUUUUGGGUGUUUGUAACGAUCGGGCGAGUGAAAAAUAUAAACAUUAGAAGUGAAAAAAAUAUUCAAAUAAGAUGCAAUCGCAUUACACCCUCGCCGAAGAGGAAGAUCCGGACGUGCUGGCCGAGGACAACACGCGGCCCUCGCUGCCGGAGGAUUUUCCCAACUUCCGGGACUUUCAGAUCGAAAAGAUGGUCCUGCACUUUCGCGUCGUGACGGACGGUUCCGAGCAGCGGCUCCGGCUGGGUUUCAAGUGCAAGCUGUGCCACGAAGUAUUCAACAAGACGAUGCAGCUGCUGGGCCACAUCCGGAACCACUUUGAGGACCACCACAGCUGCCGGGACUGCGGCAAGUACUUCUUCGACACGAACAAGCUUAACAUUCACAAGAGGGCCAAACACACACAGGCGCUCCGCUGCCAGCUGGGCUGCCCGAGCUACACGACGUCCAACAUCAAGUGUCUGCAGACGCACUACCUGCGGUAUCACUGCGUGAAGGUGCGCCCUCGGGAGAUGAAGAAGAUGGACGCUCUGGGGUCGCUGUUUCGCGUCAGCGAGGAUCCCGAGUCGAAGAUCCGAAUACGACGCGGUCAGCUGGCCGAUCAGCAGCGGGAUUUUUCCGAGGUCGCCGGAUUGCUGUCGGUGCAACAGCAGCAACUUCAGCAACAACAGCAGCAGCAUCAGCAGUUGGGACAGAUUCAUCUGCAGCAGGUUGUGACGGUGGCGGAAGGUGCGAGUGGUGAAGGGGAUGAAGAGGAGGACGGGGAGAAUGAAGAAGAGGUGGAAACGUCGGAAGAGCAAGGUGAUGCGGAGCCGGAGCCGGAAGAGGACGAGUUUGACGAGCUGGACGAUUACGAGCAGCCGGUUGAGUGUUGCGUUUGCGACGUGUACAUUCCGAACGAGGAGAUCCUGCGGGAACACGAGGAAGUCAGUCACGCUAGUCCGUACAGUUGUAAGAUUUGUUCGAGUGCGUUCGAACAACUGGAAGAUGCUCGCACUCACUACGAAACGCACGAGAAGGUUCCGGUUCUGCAGAGUGCGCCCCAGAUACAAACCAUAACUUUGACCCCGGGUCAGCACCUGCAGCAAGCCACCAUCCCAAUACAGCACCAACAGCAAACAAACCCGACCCCGACCAUGACCACCAUGAUCAUCAUGCACAACGGGACGCCCGUGCUGGUCCCCGUACAAACCUUCGACAGCAGCCAACUGGUCCCGGCGGCAUUCCCCUCUCACCAACCUACCCAAGCCCAACAUGCAACAGCCCCGCCAGGCACGGCCACCCUCACCCCAAUAACCACGGCCUGGCCAAUCGGCCAGUCGUUUCUACCCGUUCAAAAUCAAAUCGAAAUCAUUCCAAUCCACCAAGCGGCGGCCGCGACCGCCGGAACCGCCCCCAUCCAGAACAUCAUCAACGUGAGGCACCACGACCCGGGGGCGACGGCGACGCCCCAAGGAAUUGUCAUUACGCCCAUCGAUCAAAACUACCUGAGGCAUCAGCAGGCACUGCAAGCGCAGCUCCACCUGCAGCAACAGAUUCAACAGGCGCAACAGCAGCACCAACAACAGUAUCAACAACAGUCUUAGAAGAAGGUAGGAAAAUUGUAGAGAUUGUGCACCCGCGAAUUCAAAGUUGAGCCGCGCAUUGGCCAAAGCGUAUCAUACAAAUUCGGUUUUUAAAUAAUUAUUUGUCGUAAUUUCGGCCGUAUGACUGCUUCAUGUCAUGAUCAACGAUAAGUUAUUUUUUUAAUUUUAUUCGAAUGUUUAUCACUAGUUUUACAAUAAAUAUUAUUUUAUUAGCGAGCAAGUCAACGAAUGCACGGGGUAAUAAAAUUUGUUUUUCGUUUGUUGUAAAAAUCGUACAAA